AUGUCUCCCUCCAAGGUCUCUACGAUCAAGUGGGACGAGUUCUACAACAUCAUCAACGGCCAGCAACGUACCGGCAAGGACGUACAUCACGGCGUUAACCCUUCGACCGGCGAGAAGCUCUGGCCGGUCCCAAUUGGCAACCAGAAAGAUGUGGACGAGGCUGUAUCGGUCGCCCAGAAGGCUUUCGAGUCCUGGCGCAACGUGCCUAUUAAGGAGCGCAAGGAAUACCUGAACAAGUUCAAGGAUGUCCUGCUCCAGCAUGCUGAUGACAUGACUGAGCUGCUGUGUGCCGAGACUGGCAAGCCCAAGCAAAUAGCUGAGUUGGAGACAAAGGGCCUUGUUGGGUGGUUCUCUCACCACGAUACACUUGACAUUCCAGAGGAUCGAGUGGAGGACGAUGAGAAAACCAUCACAACACGAUACACACCACUUGGAGUCGUGGGUGCUAUCUGCCCCUGGAACUUCCCAAUCAUCCUCUCCAUCGGCAAAAUCAUCCCAGCCCUCCUCACGGGUAACACCAUCAUCGUGAAGCCCAGCCCCUUUACCCCCUACACCACCCUCAAGGUCGUCGAGCUCGCCCAGGAAGUCCUCCCAGCCGGCGUCGUCCAAGCCAUCGGCGGCGACGACUACCUAGGCCCAAUGUUCACCGCCAACCCGGGCAUCUCCAAGAUCUCCUUCACCGGCUCCAUCGCCACCGGCAAGAAGAUCAUGGCCGCCUGCGCCCAGUCCCUCAAGCGCGUGACCCUCGAACUCGGCGGCAACGACGCCUCCGUCGUCUUGCCAGACGUCGACAUCAAGAAGACCGCUCCUGAGCUCGUGAUGGGUGCCUUCCAGAACACCGGACAGGUCUGCGUCGCCACCAAGCGCAUCUACAUCCACAAGGAUAUCUACGACGAGUUGCUCGCGGAGAUGGUCAACUUCACCAAGACCCUCACCGUCGGCCCUCCAUCCGAGGGCGCCUUCCUCGGUCCCAUCCAGAACCAGAUGCAGUACGAGAAGGUCAAGGAUUACUUCAAGGAUACCAAGGAACACAACUACAAAUUCGCCGUCGGCGACUCCGAAGUCAAGCCAGGCAAAGGCUUCUUCGUCCAACCCACCAUCAUCGACAACCCGCCCGACGACAGCCGCAUCGUGCAAGAAGAGCCCUUCGGCCCCAUCGUGCCCACGCUCCCCUGGACCGACGAGGAGGACGUCAUCAAGCGCGCCAACGCCACCAACACCGGGCUCGGCGCCUGCGUCUGGGGCAAGGACCUCGCGCGCGCCGAGAGCAUCGGCAAGCGUCUCGAGGCCGGGUCCGUGUUUAUUAACUCGUGGGAGAAGCCGACGCCGCAGGCGUUCUUUGGUGGACAUAAGGAGAGUGGGAUUGGCGGGGAGUGGGGUGGUGAGGGCCUGAAGGCUUAUUGCAAUGCUCAUGUCAUGCACACUUACAAGUCGUAA